UCUCACACCACACUGACCACAACCAGCAGUCGCUCUCACACCGCACUGACCACUACCUGUGGAACCACACUGACCGGUACCUGUGGUGCUGCACUGACCAGUACCAGCGGUCACUCUCCGGCCACCCCCCGCCCCCAGGAGCGCAGGAGGAGCCCCCGCGGCCGCCCCCGGCCCAACACGUGCGGGCAGUGCCGGCAGAGCUUCGGCCAGAGCUCGGACCUGGUCAAGCACCUGCGCGUCCACUCCGGGGAGCGCCCGUUCGCCUGCGGCCACUGCGGGCGCCGCUUCAACGUCAGCUCCAACCUGAGCCGCCACCGCCGCAUCCACACCGGGGAGCGCCCGUUCGGCUGCGCCGACUGCGGGCGCCGCUUCACGGAGCGCUCCACGCUGAGCCAGCACCGCCGCAGCCACACCGGGGAGCGCCCGUUCGGCUGCGCCCUCUGCGGGAAGCGCUUCGGCCGCAGCUCGCACCGGCGGCGGCACCAGCGCACGCACGGCGGGGACAGCGCGGGCAGCGGGGAACGGGGCGGCAGCGCAGAGCUGGGGCUGCCCCAGCCAGGCUUCUUGAGCAGCGAAAAUUAAAGAAAAUUUGGAGUAA